AAACUCUCUACUGACACGACUUGACGCGGACGACUGGCUUCGUCGCGACACCCGGAGCAUCCCACUGUCUCUAAUGUCUGUACUGACGAGUCCCUUGAGGGUUUCUGAGCCAAGUUGCCAGCCCUUUCCCGGCAAUACCGCAAGUCCGAAUCGUGAGAUCACUCAGAGUCGCCCGUCCACAUGCGUGCCCGAAACACUGCGUAGGAUCGCUCGACUUAUCAUCUUGGACCCGAGGGCACUCCGGCAGUAGUCAUCUUCGGGGAUUGGUGGGGACAUCGUCGUACAAGAGGACCAGGGCAUCCGGGUUGGCCGUACGUUGCCUCUCUUGACACUUUGCAUCUACUGGGAGUGAGACAUGGACAUCGAAGCGUUCCGCAAAGCUGGCUACCAAGCGAUCGACAGGAUCUGCGACUUCUACUAUUCGCUCCAGGACCGCCCAGUGGUGCCCCCUGUCCAGCCGGGCUAUCUUCUCAAGCAGCUUCCGGAUUCACCACCAGAAGAUGGCGAGGAUUGGAACAUCAUCGCAGACGACUAUCAGAAGCUCAUACUUCCAGGUCUGACGUUCUGGCAACACCCGAAUUUCUACGCGUACUUCCCGACGGCAUGUACAUUCGAGGGAUGCUCGGCGACCUGUACUCGACCAUGGACGAGCAGCCCCGCAUGCACCGAACUCGAGAUGGCCAUGAUGGACUGGUGCGCGAGACUCUUCGGGCUCGCGGACCACUUCCUCAACAGUUCCGGCACCGGCGGUGGCGUGAUCCAGACGACCUCAUCUGACUCCGCGCUCGUCGUGACCGUCGCGGCGCGCUCCCAAUACACGCGCCGACACCCGGACACAAAGCUCGAGGACCUCGUCUUGUACGUGACGAGCCAGACACACUCGCUCGGCGUGAAGGCGAGCCUCGUCCUCGGGCUGCAGUGCCGCGUCCUGGACGUCAAGCCGGAGGACGAGUACGCGCUGCGGGGCGAGACGCUCCGCGCGGCGCUCGAGGAGGACGUCGCGCGGGGAAGCGUCCUCGGCACGGUCGGGACGACCUCGUCGGGCGCGAUCGAUCGUCUGGACGAGAUCGGCGAAGUCCUGAAGGACUACCCCGACGUCUGGUUCCACGUCGAUGCCGCCUGGGCUGGCGUGACUCUCGCAUGUCCCGAGUAUCGCGACGUCUCGCGUUUGAAGGAUAUCAACACGUACGCGACGUCCGUAGGCACGAAUCUACACAAGUGGGGCCUGGUCAACUUCGACGCAGCCCUUCUCUGGGUCAGGAGCCGAAAAGACCUCACGGACGCGCUCGACGUGACGCCCGAGUUCCUGCGCACCAAGCAGAGCGAGGCCGGCGCGGUCAUCGACUACCGCAACUGGCACCUCGGGCUCGGGCGGCGCUUCCGGUCGCUCAAGGUCUGGUUCGUCCUCCGGAGCUACGGCGUGAAGGGCUUCCAAGCGUACAUCCGACGGUGCAUCGACCUCAACGGGUACUUCGCCUCGCUCGUGGAGACCUCGCCCUCCUUCGCGCUCGUGACCAAGCCGUCCUUCGCGCUGACCGUCUUCCGCGUCGCAGACCCCGGCGCGCGCGGCCUCACCCCGCCGCUCGGCGCGGACGCGCUGAACGACCUGAACCGCGCGUUCUACGCGCGGGUGAGCGCGCGCGGCGAGAUCUUCCUGACGCAGGCACAGCUGAACGGGACGUUCUGCGUGCGGCUCGCGGUUGGCGCGGAGCGCACGAGGAGGGAGCAUAUUGACCGGGCGUGGGCGCUGAUCCAGGAGGAGGCGGGUGUUGCGGUGGAGGAGUGGGCUGGGAAGAUCGGUAACGUCGGUGGUGAGAAGCAGGUAGGCUGAGG